UGAGGCUGCGCUUAAAAGGCAGGGAAUCGCUGUCCGCAAUAUUUUUCCUCGACAGAUCCUGCCGCAGUCUGCUCCCUCCCGCACCACCCUCCUCCGCCCUCCCGGCAGUAGCCGCCGCCGCGUCUCCUGUGUCCUCUGCCUGUGUUUCCUGGUCCUGCACCGCCGCUCCCGCUUGUUCUCUUCGACCCCGGCCUUGAGGUAACGCGUCCAGGGCCAAGCCGCCGGGCCCUCCGCCCCGAGCGCCUGCCCUCAGUGCUCGCCCCGGUGGGUGUGGCCCGGCCUGCCCUGUGCCCUACUACCGCACUUCGGUUUCCUCUCGCUCGCCGCCGCUACAUUUCGGCCUCCUCCCCGGGCCCCUAGCUCCCCGCCCCCACUGCCGGAGACCGAGCCCCUGAGCUAGUCAAGAUGUCCGAGGCGGCAGGAAAUCUCAAUAGCCUCCGCAUGGCGAAUGUGGCCCUGCGAGAAGAAUUAAAUGCCCUUCGCGGGGAGAAUGCCAAUUUGGGCCUUCAGCUGGGAAGAGCCCUGGCCGAGGUUAAUUCCUUGCGGGGCAAUGUCUCCAGCUACGUCCGCUGGCCAGUGCCCAUAGUACCCCUUAUUGCCGAGGAGAACUUUGAGUUCCCGCUCAAUGAGAUCGACGCCAUUCCCGAGGGAGAGGGGCCCUUCUUGUGCUGGCCUAACCAACGCACAGAUCCCGAGUUUGUCUCGGAUGAUCUUUUGAUUAACGUGAUCCAGGACUACAGCAACCCCCACGGGGUCAGUGAUCCUCCUCUGCCGCCCAGCCCACCCCCGCCGGAGCAGCCCUCUCCCCCAGCGUCAAAGGAGCCGCCCCCGCAGCAGCAGCAGCAGCAGCAGCAGCAGCAGCCGCAGCCGCAGCCGCAGCCGCAGCCCCAGCCCCAGCCCCAGCCGCAGCCGCAGACCCAGCCCCAGCCGCAGACCCAGCCCCAGCCCCAGCCCCAGCCCCUUCUGCCACCAUUGGAGAGACCUAACAUACGGCUCUUUUCUGGCGAUCCAGUCUACCUGGCUGAAUUCCUGAUGCAGCUAGAGACCUUCAUAGCUGACCAUGAGGAUCAUUUCCCUGGGGGUGCUGAGCGGGUGGCCUUUCUGAUCUCCUUUUUCACUGGUGAAGCGAGGGACUGGGCCAUCUCUGUCACCCAGGAAGGAAGCUCCCUGCAUGCCAACUUCCCGCGCUUCCUGGAUGAAAUCCGUAAGGAAUUCCGUGGCCCCAUACCCCCACGAGUGGCUAAAAAGGCCAUCCGCAAGCUCAAGCAGGGAAAGUGUACCCUGGGCAGCUAUGCAGAUGCUUUUCAGUUCCUGGCCCAAUUCUUGUCUUGGGAUGACUGCCGCCUCCAAAAUCAGUUCCUCAAAGGCCUGUCGGAAUAUUUCCGAAAGGAGCUCUUAUGGUCAACUGAAAUGGCCGACCUGGAUGAGCUGAUUCUUGAGUGUGUGGAGAUAGAAAGAAAAGUGCGCAUUCCCAAGCCAAUCAAGCUCCCUGGGGUGCGCAAUGUCGUCCCUCCUUUUGCUCCCACCCCUGAUGAGGAAGAUAUUAUUGAUGAACAGCGCUACCAUGAGGAUGAUGAAGAUGGGAUAUGCAGGCACAGCUCUUCCCUGAAGGACCAAGACAUAAGGGCUUUUGGGCAAGAGGUGAUAGAGGAGGAGGAGGAGGAGAAGAUGAGGGAAGAGGAGAAGAUGAGGGAGGAGGAGGAGAAGGAAGAGGAGGAGGAAGAGGAGAUGAAACAGAAAGAGGAGGAGGAGAUGAAGAAGAAUGAGGAUGACAAUGAGAAUAAGGAUGAGGAAGAAGAUGAAAUUGAGGUGGGGAGCCAGGAACCAGAGCAGGAGCCAGAACAGGAGCAAGAGAGGGUGCCGUUGUUUGAGGAGAUGUUUGGUGAGAUGGGCCAUGAGCACCACCAUCACCACCACAUCCACCACCACCACAAUGGGAUCCAUGUGAUAGAAGAACUGAUGGAGAUGGAGGAGCCUGUUCUUGUUGACACUUCAACCCAGACGAUUAGCACAACCAUUGGCUACCAUGCUGAGAAUUUCCUGGGUGCAUCACCUCCCAUAAUACAGCCCAGCAGACGGAGGAACCAGAAUCGAGUUCCACUUCUGGAGGGCCUUCCAGGUACCAAUUCACCAUUCUACAGCUCCCCACCACUGAUUCGCCGUGCUGGUCGCUUGGGGCAACGCCAAAUUCGAAGACGUCCCCCGGUGCUAUUCCGCCUUACUCCGAGACAGGGGGGCCACCGAGCUGCUCGUGGCCGAAUUCGCGUGUGAGUGAUGGGGCAAACUGGCCACCUGGAACACACCCUUCUACUGCCUCCCCUGCCCCUGCUAUUGCUGCCACACUUGCCCCAUGUACUGACCAGUCCUUAAGGGAGUUCCAGACCUGCCCAACCUGAAGAAGACCUGCAGAGUUCUAGACUAUCUCGCAACCAUGAUCAGAGAGUAACAUGUGCUCAGCCAAGGCCACCUGGGAAAGGAUAGGAUAGCAAAAGCUGUCCUCUUGGCAUAUACUCUGCUCAGUCUUGCCACAAGCUAGAGAGCAGGUUUCUGGGCCUGUUCUCGUGAAUGAACUGGUCACCCUUUUGUAUUCCCCUCUAGUUGUGCCCAGCCUCUCCUGCUUUUAUUCACCCUGUGUUCUACAGUUUUAUCCUCCAACUGGCUCACCAGAACUUCACCCAAUGCCUCAUUGAUCUGCCCCAAUGAUUGAAAGGACAAGCUACAUUGAACUCCUAAAGCCACUGAGGCCACUUACUAAAUAUAAUGGACAGCGAGCAGGAUGACACCGGGAAAUGUGCCUAGAAGGCUAUGCUUGUUUUGUGCUACACCUCCAGCAGAAGGGCCUGGAAGAGGACCCUACAUGUAGCCCAGUGAGAGUGUGCAAAGCCACAUGUAAAAUUGACAAUUUGAGAUUUGUUUGUCCUUAACUGACUGUGGCAAGCUGCCUCCACUUCCAGCACUUGAGUUCAUCUUUCUUCAGACUCCUAUAUUAGAGCCCUUGGAAUGGCUUGGCCAAAUCUGGGGCCUUCUCCUCUUACUACACUGUCCUCCUGGACAUCCCCAGAAUACAGCUCGACAUGGCAGGCCCCACCCCUUUCCUUGAUGGUGCCUAAAGGGGCAUUUGGGGUGGUGGAAUAGGAGGAGGAAGAGGGAGAAACCACAUGACUGCUUCAAAUCCUACAGAGUAAAUUUCCUUAGGGAAAAGGGUCUUCUUCCCCAGCCAAGCUUUGGACUCCAGUCCCCAGCCAAAGGUCUCUGCCAGCGACUUUCUGUCCUAGAGGCGCCCUCACUAACCUUCCCUUCCAAGAUAACCAGAGAGAGAAUGAGCAAGCGCCCACGGCCUGCUCCUUAACUCCCUCCAACUCUUAAGGAGGAGAGUUGGAAGGUUGCCUCUACAGAGAUUGUACCCACUGCAGCCUUGCAUCUUGGACACCUGCUUGGCUCUCACAUGGGGGUCAGUCUCUGGGCUGUUGCUGUACUUUGAUUGGACAGUAAGGCUGAUGGGGGUGAUGCCUCUUAGGCACUCCUGGGACUCCUCAGUACAAACCCAGACAGGUGCCCUUAUAGAGAGACCUGCUGUUUGCCUUGAGUCCAGAAAACACUGUUUCUUCAGUGAAAAAUAUACAUUUACUAUGUCAGCUCUGGCCAUGAAAUGCCAGCCAAAUCCACUCCUUGCCUGAACUGCCCCUGGACACUGAACUCUCUGCACAGUGCCUGGCAGCUGGGCAAGUGCAGCCAAAGUGUCUGUGGCCAGAGGGAAGAAAACAGUGAAUGAAGUCUCUGUUCCUCACCGGAGUCUGACAGAUAACCUCAGCCCAGCCUUGGGAUUUGGGGCCUAGAGGCCAGAGGAAGGAGCUGGAGGAAGAGGAGUCACAGAGAUCCAGUCCUCAGACUGGUUUCGGCUUAUUUCCUUGGGAGAGAGUUCCAGAAGGGGAACAGCUAUUCAUCAAGGCUGUGGAUCCUGUUUGCUGAUGUCAACACGCUGGCCCUGCUGCCUGUGAACUUGUGGAGAAGUGCAAAGGACAGGUGCCUUGCACCCCCACUUCCAGGGAUCCCUCAGCACAGGCCCUGCCUGUUCCCAUGGUGCUCACCUUGAACCCUUGUAGCCUCAGCCAGGGAGAGAGUGGAUGAGCAGUGAGCUGGUUUCCGGGCCUCUAGGGGCAGAGGGGGCUUGGGCUUCCCUUUGACCCUCUCCCCGCUUUCCCAGAUCUUCAAUAUUUGUUGUGAUGUGACAGCCACAAGAGCUGUAAGAGGAACUAUGAGCUUUGGGUGUUUCCUUGGGUUGAAAGAGGGGUGGGGGGUGGGUGGGAAAUGCAUGCAGGGGUAUGAAGGCAGCCCAAGGAUUCCCAGAGGCUCGGGAGGAAACCCCCUUGAAAUAAAUGUGUUAUUGUUGUGUUAUUGUUGCACUAUUGUGUUGUGAAGAUAAGAAAUUGCUCUGUACGCUAAAGCUUCUCUCCUCAAUAAAAAUAUA